AUGGAUUCAAACUCGCAGUCUCCGCCGCUUGGCGAUUCGGACACCAAAAAUGUAUUUCGCAAGCCUUCCGGGGAGGCAGCUAAUAGGAAUUAUCGGCGCCGUUCACCUAUUGACGGCUCAUCAUCACCUGAUGAUGGUAGUCCCAGGCGAGAACACAGCUCAGGUCCAUAUCCAUCUAGGGAAGAUUCUGUGAGAGUCUCUCACCAUCAUUCAAGGAAGCUUGACGGAAGGGAACAAGACCGAAAAUACGGCAGAAAUCACUAUGGAAGAAGCAAUGAUUCUCUUAGACAUUCUGACAGACAGUCAUUCCGGAGCUCCUUUGGUAACUCAAGACACGACAAGUAUGCAGAUGAGGAUAGAAAACAUGAGAGGUUAUCAUCUCGUUCUGCACGAGAGUCAAGGGGAGAUCAUAUGAGAGAGGAGAGUGAUAGCAGGUCAAAAGAUUAUGGGCGUAGUAUGGAUAAGUAUUCACGUGAAAAAUAUGAAAGGUCUGGAUCUGGCAAGAGGUGUGCGGAAUAUGAUGAGGUGGAGAAGGAAAGACGUAUGAGGGACGGGGAUGGUCGAGAUGAAAGAAAGGAUUCUCAAAGAAGUUCUGGAGAACACAAAAGUGACCGUGCUGUUUCCUAUUCAGAAUCAAGGAGCCAAAAAGAUGACAAUGAGAUUAGUAAGAACAAGGACCAAAACUCUAGAAAGGUAGGUGGGGUGUUUGGUAUUGAAGAUAAAGAAUCUUUUGGAAAGAAACCAAAGUUGUUUGGUGCUGACAAGGAUGACAAUUCUGGAAAAGAUGCAGAUGAAAGGAAGACUUCAAGGUCAAAGCUUUCUCAUGAGAGCAAGCCAUAUGUAGGGGCUGCUAAGACCAGUGGCUUUGAUAGUGGCAAUGAUAUAGAUGCUGCAAAAGUGGCAGCCAUGAGAGCUGCUGAAUUAGUUAACAAGAACUUAGUAGGGCCUAAUUCCUUGACUACGGACCAAAAGAAGAAACUGUUGUGGGGAAGCAAGAAGAGUACACCCACUGAAGAGUCUGGCCAUCGCUGGGAUAUGGCAAUGUUUGAUCGUGAGCGACAGGAAAAAUUCAACAAACUCAUGGGCGUGAAAGGAGAAGCCAAAGUGGAGCAGAGCUCCGACAAUCAAAAUGACAACGAUGCACUCCGAGCUGAGAAGCAGAAGGAACUCCAGCUGGAUCUCGAGAAACAGUACACUGCAGGUCUCCGGCGAAGAGAUGGCCGUACAGUUGGAUUAGGUCUUUAA